UCCAGCUGACGGGUAAAGAUGGAGAGGGGGAGAGGAGGAGGAGGAGGAAGGAGUGUGGGGGGCUCCAGCCUCCACAGGAGCAUUUACUCCCAGUCUCAACAGCAGUAUCACUAUCCUGCCUCCUCUCAGGGGGGCUGCAUGGAAAUCCAGGAGCUAGCCUCCAAAAGGGUGGACAUCCAGAAAAAGCGAUUUUAUCUGGAUGUGAAGCAGAGUUCCCGAGGCCGCUUCCUGAAGAUAGCAGAGGUCUGGAUAGGAAGAGGCAGGCAGGAAAAUAUCAGGAAAAGCAAACUGACUCUCUCCUUGUCUGUGGCUGCUGAGCUGAAGGAUUAUCUGGGAGAUUUCAUAGAGCACUAUGCCCAUUUGGGCCUCAAAGGCAGCCAUAGUCAUAGACAUGAACACAGUAAUGGCAAAGAGCAAGAUUUGAGAAGGCGGCAACAGCAUCAUCUGCCUUCACCUCCAGCAUCUGUUGAAUCAGAAGAGCAUCCUCACAGUGUCCUGAAAACUGAAUAUAUAGAAAGAGACAACAGGAAGUAUUAUCUAGACCUGAAGGAGAAUCAACGUGGGCGUUUCUUAAGGAUUAGACAAACCAUGAUUAGAGGACCGGGCAUGAUAGGUUAUUUUGGCCACAAUUUGGGACAGGAACAGACUAUUGUCCUUCCAGCCCAAGGGAUGAUUGAAUUCAGGGAUGCUUUGGUGCAGCUAAUUGAAGAAUAUGGGGAGGGAGAUAUAGAAGAACGACGAGGUGGGGGUGAUGAACCCCUUGAGCUUCCAGAGGGGACGUCCUUCAGGGUGGAUAACAAGCGGUUCUACUUUGAUGUGGGAUCUAACAGGUAUGGCAUUUUUUUGAAGGUAAGUGAGGUGAGACCACCUUACCGUAACACCAUCACUGUCCCGUAUAAAGCGUGGACAAGGUUUGGGGAAAACUUUAUCAAGUAUGAAGAAGAAAUGAGGAGAAUUUACAACAGCCAUAAAGAGAAAAGAAUGGAUGUCACAGCUGACAGUGGUGAAGAGCAAGAGGGUCUGGAAUAGAGUGCAUUUGAACUGGUCGUCAGGCAAAACAGAAAACCAUAAAUUGGCUGGAGGUAGUUUGGAUAUUUAGUAGUUUGAAGAAGUUGCCCCUCAUUUUUUGUAAGUCCUUUUCCUGUUGUUAGUAAUAACUCCAGUAUGUAAUACUUCUGAAGUCUGGUUAUGUUAAGUGACACCCAACACAUCUCUCUAAUUCCUAUGGGAAUAUCAGCCUCCCAAAUCUAAAUGAAUCAGCUGUUUCAAGUGUUGAAGACUAUGAAAGUAUGCAUAUCAGCACAAAAAUCUGACAUUCUGACCUUUAAAUAGUCUAGGUAAGGCUUGUGUUGCACUAGAACAUGAUACAAAAAAGCCAGACGUACCUUAUGCUGAAAAGUAUUGGUUUCUGCUUAUGAUGGGUUUUCCAGAACUAAAUAUUGUCCAUGCUGAGUUAAAAUCUGAAACAUUUAACUACAGGUCAUUUACCACAGAAAUUGACUUUGUAUGCAUUUUAUCUACUUAUACGAGGAAAGGUAGAGAUUUUAAAUCAGUGUUCACUAAUUGCUGAAUUUUAAGCAAUGUUCUUUAUGGAUAAACUCUCGAUAGCAGGUCAAGCCUUUAUAAAGGAUUGUCAAAGAGUGGAAUAUUAAUUUCUUAGCUUAAUAGUUCUGUGGUAACCAAAAAAUUCGAGUGCCACAGAAGAGUAAAGCUGUGUUUGAAUUGUGAUGGGUUAUCCCAAAUUAAUGAAAAUAAUCCAUUCUUCAUCUACAUAUUACAUCAUGUACGGUUGAGGAUUUUUUUAAUGUACUCUCAAAAUUUCAAAAACUAUUUUUAUAUUAUUGGUGGUUUGGGGGGCUCUAGCAAGGAGCUGGGAAGUGGGCAUUUUGGUGGCUGAAUGAUUGUUGCAAGUGGGUUUCCAGGGUUUUCUCCCAAUUUUAUGAGUAACACAGGUAUGAUAUUAAAAGUAUGAGGAUAGCUUCUGGUUUCGUCCUUCUACUUUGAGGAAAAACCUUUGGGAGAGUUUGGUGCACCACUUAAUUGGUAUAAAAAUGCUUCUCUAGUUUCAUACUUAUUGGUAGCACAUUUACAAUGCUAUGGCUAAAGCUGUGUCAGCAUUUCCAUUACAAAUUUAUUAUUUUUAUAGGUUUAAGAACUCCAAGAUAAUAUCUAUGCCCCCACCUCCAUCACUCCUUCCCAACCAUGUUAAAGCUGGGGCCAUGAUCUUGCAAUUUGAAUCACGUGGGCAGACUGUUAGGCCUGCGUGAAGUCCUCUUGAAGACUAUGGAGCUACAUCUUCCCCCAGAUUGCUACCUUGAAAUCCAAAUACUUUGCCUGGAGGGGAAAUGUGUAGCAUUAUCUGUGCAGGAGGGUUAGGUUAGAAAGGGGACAUAGGAUAUUCUAAAUGCUUUUGGAUCUCAAAGCAAAAACAGAUUUAUUUUUAUGAAGAAAUUUUUCAGCAUUUAGGGGCCAAUUCAUCUCUCACUGAAAUCAAUGGGAGUUGGAUUGGGCUAUAAAUCCCUUGCUUAGAGACUCCAUUUUCCCUACUUUUUUAUGUGUUUUUUUUUUUUUAAGUGCUACUGUAUAUCUACAGAAAUUUAUCACCACCCAAAUCAUGUUUUAUAAUGAAGUAGCUGAGCGUGCAUGAGGGCCAGCUAUCUUUUAAUCCGAACGGUAAAUUUUAAUGUGCUAACACACUUCUCUGCAACCCAAAAUUGUCUCCAGUCUUAAUUUUAAUCUGCCUGCACACUUGAAGGCCACACUAAAUUCAAACACCUUAUCAUGUCUUUGAUCUGAUAUACCAUUAGUAAUAUCAGGAAGGAUUGUAUGUAGGGUUUAAGUAGGCCUUUAGUUUGGAUGCUAAAAAUGAUCAAACUACAAAAAAGCUUGCACCAAAGUCACCAAAGAACUAUUAGGAACAUGUUACGCCUGUGACAGAAAAGAACAGAUGUAAAGAAGUUAAUUUCACUGUUUUAGGUGAUUCCCUUAGAGCUAACAACCAGUUGGCCUAGUGUCAAAAAAAAA